GUUAUCGACAUUUUUCUUUAAAGAUGUUACAUGCAGUAAGGCGUUUACAGUGAGACCGUAAUGUUAUGGACUGUACAUUAAGUUAGCUCAAUGGCUAACUAAACACUGCUAGCUACAUAUUGCCGCGUCUCAGAAGAAACAAGCGAUGAUCUACAGCGAUUUCUAUGGAUAAAAGUCUAUUAAUGUGGGAUUUUAGAAAGCUGACAAACACAGGCUCGUCUUUGAAAAAGGUUCAACCAUCCUACCGACUGUCAUGGACAACGUGAAGCCACACAGCAAUGAUGAGGAUGAAGAGCUGCUCUCUACAGAUCCAGAGAGUAAAGAGAACAGCAAAGAUAAAAAGACCCUGUGCAAAGUAAAGUGGUCCAGAGAUGAGGAUGAAAAGCUGAAAAAGCUUGUAGAGCAGCAUGGAACUGACUCCUGGAAAUUAAUUGCUAAUUUCUUUCCAGGGAGGACAGAUGGCCAGUGUCAGCACCGCUGGCAGAAGGUGCUCAACCCGGAGCUGGUGAAAGGCCCAUGGACAAAAGAGGAGGAUCAGAAGGUUAUUGAUCUGGUACAUAAAUAUGGUCCCAAGCGUUGGUCAGUGAUCGCAAAACACCUCCAAGGCAGAAUUGGGAAGCAGUGCCGUGAAAGGUGGCACAACCACCUAAACCCAGAGGUGAAGAAGUCGUCAUGGACUCAGGAGGAGGACCGAAUCAUCUAUGAAGCCCACAAACGGCUGGGCAACCGCUGGGCAGAAAUCUCCAAGCUUCUUCCUGGACGGACAGACAACUCCAUCAAGAACCACUGGAACUCCACCAUGAGGAGGAAGGUGGAGCAUGAAGGCUAUCUACAAGAUGGCUGCAAGAGUUUCACUUCUUCUAAUGCUGGAGGGAAGAGACGCCACAACAGGCCGUGUCCUCAGACUCCAUCAGAGCCUCAGCACUGUGACCGCAGUCCUCUUCCUGUACCGGCACCAAACCAGAUGGGGGGAUAUCCAUAUGACCCUCACAGUGGACACUUGAUAGACAGUCUUCCUGAUAGUUCAGACUUUAUGCAGAGUCUGGAGCAGUACUCACCCUGGUCUGACGGUGUCUCCGACGACACACUGACCACAAGCAGCAGCAUAGAGGAGCAAGCAGAGAGACGUUCUUGGAGGGGCCCUCCUCCAUCACAGCUUCAUGUCUCUCCCAGCAAGUUCCUAUCUGUGGAGGCCAGCACUGUGCUCUCCACCCUACAGACUAUCCCUGAGUUUGCAGAGACCAUGGAGCUCAUUGAUUCAGAUCCAGUUGCAUGGAGCAACGUGGCAGACUUAGACUUGUCAGAGACUGCAACGCCACCCAGGCAAAACCAGGCAGGCUACAACGCUCUCCUCCAAGAGAGGAUGAUUGAAAAUUCAAUGGGCUAUAAUCUGACUGCUGAUCGGGACAGGAACUGUGCUCCAUUCAGUUUGGGCAAUGCUGCUGCUCUGACUCCUAUCAGCUCAUCCAAACCCACCCAGGCAUCCAUUGGGAGGAGGAGGAGGAGAGAGAAGGGCGAGCCGUCUCCUUUGUGUGACAGAAGCUGUGCUUCCUUUUUGGAAAAUAUCUCAAAUUCUCCCAAGAAAACGCCCACAAAGUUACUGCCCUUCACCCCGUCAAGAUUCUGCAACAUAUCAGGGGCGGAGCAUCUAAAUCUGGAUAACCCUGCCCUGACCUCUACUCCUGUGUGCGGACAACAAUGUCUCCUAAACACGCCGCUCCAAAAGGAGACCACACCUAAGCACCAGAAAGAGAAUGAUGGCCCACGGACCCCCAAAUUCCGUAACACUGUCAUGAUUCCAACCCCAAGGACUCCUACUCCCUUCAAAAAUGCUUUGGCCGCCCAGGAGAAAAUGCAUGGGCCACUAAAGAUGGAACCACAACCAUUGGCCUUUCUUGAGGAAGAUAUCCGAGAAGUUCUUAAACAGGAGACUGGAGCAGACAUCUUUAACAGAAUAGACGGCCAGCCAGACUUCAGAGCAUGGAAGCAUAAUAUUGAUGGCCCAGCUAGAAAAGUGCGUAAGUCUCUCGUGCUGGACCCAUGGGGGAAAGACUGCCUAAAUGUCCAACUCUUCCAAGAGCAGCUCAACAAUGCACAGAUUCCAGAUGAAAGUCUUCUUACAAGCUCCUCGCUGAUCAGCCUAAACCCUGAACAAGAGGACUGUAGCCGUUCUUUGACUUCUGGGCAAGAGGAGCCCUCACUGGUCACAGCUCACCCUCAUCGCUUUACCAGCCCUAGAAUGAAGAAGCUUCUCACCUCCCAUAAAGCACCAAAACAUGCCAACGUGCAGGUGAGCGAGUGGGAAGCAGUGGUUUAUGGGAAGACAGAGGACCAGCUGAUCAUGACAGAACAGGCCCGUCAGUACCUGAACCCCUACCCAUCAUCUGGCUCUACCUCAAGGGCCCUUGUGCUUUAAAGCCGUCCCCCACACUGCGCAGGCAACACUACUACACCCCGUCCAACAACGGAAACCUCCACUCAAACCUGUAAGAGACAAUCCAGUGAGGAAAACUCAUUUCAUUUUUCUGUAGCAAGGAAACAAGGAAAAGCACUGCCAAGUCCACCAAGCAUACAGCUGCUGGCAUUGUUUUCACGCUUCUAGGACAUUGCCCAUGUUUGCUCUUUAUAUGAUUGCCUUGUUUUCCUUUAAAAAAUACACAACUUGGCAACAUUUUGUACAGGAAUAAAAAGCUAGGUUUGUGCUCUGCUCUAGAUGAUAAUGAAACAACCUGAACACAUAGGAGGCUUUAUAGAUGGGGUUCAUUUUCAGCUGCAGCUACUUUUGACUUUAAUGUUGUUUACAUUGUCAAAAGACAAUAUUGACAUUUACAAUAUAACGCUACUUAUUUUAAACAUACUGCUAAACUGCCACGGAUUUUUAAAAACGGCUACAUACGUAAUAACUUGCUCUGAAUGACAUCCAUGUUUAUUUUUUCAAUCACAUCAUGGGUUUCUAACAAGACAAGAAAUAUGAUAUUAACCGGUGCGUUGUAAAAUAACAGGAAAGGUUGGUUACCUAGUUUUUAUGACUGUGGGGUUAUGUUGCUGCGGUGAUGAGAAGUUUCUGAGAAUGAAGAUUAGAAGCUGUCAGUAUUGCACUACUGAGUUGAUGUUGCUGCUGAGAAAGGAGCAGUGAGUUUUUUCAAGGGCAAACUGGAUAGCACUUGUGAUGGUAUCUUUUCAAACAACAGCAUUUCCUUUCCAAGGCCAUAGCGUCCAUCGAGACAUCCGUUGAAUGUAUUACAUUGCAAUGUACAUGUGUAAGAACCUCAAAAGAAGGAAUGGUACCUGAAUGUUUAUUUCUGUUUAUUUAUUAUCUGACAGCUCUAAAGCUUAGAUUUUAAUAUAAAUCGGACACCAUGAGUUUGAAGAAGUUUAACUUUGCUGACAAAACAGCCUAAAACCCUCUCUAGCUCUAAAGCAGCUCUCUCUUUAACAGAGGAUGAACGGUGACCGUCGCUUUGGUCAGUUUGAUGCGUUGUCGUUACCCACUGGCCGGUUUUCAUAUGAUCAGUGUUGGUCAAGAAGGAUUUAGUUUUUGUGUGAAGGCUGUAGGUUUUAUUUAUUUAAUGUCUACUAAUUUAUUUAUUUCUAAAAAAAAAUCAUUUAAGAGAAAUUAUUGAAGAAUUUUUAUUGUUUUUUCUCUUCAUAAUCAGGAUCGGGCUACCAUUCAGUUCCAUUACACUUAGAAAAACAUGCACUGCCAAUAAUUUAAUGUGUUCAUUCAUUAUCCUGAUCAGACAACAUCUGUAAUUGUUGUGUAGCUGUAGCGAUCAUUUUGCAACAUAUAGAUUAGAUGAUUCUAAUGUGUUCUUUGCUAUUAGGUAGCAGGGCUCCAUCUCCAACCUCUAAUCAUAGACAAAUUGCACUUUUGACUCUUCAUAUAAUUUUAAAUGUUUGUUCUCAUGAAGUAGCUCUUUUGUUUGUUUUUGUGUUAGAUUGUUGUCUUCCUGUUUGUAAAGAAUGCUGACAUUGCUGCUUGUUUUUAUCCUGCUCUUUUUUUUAAUUCCCAUUCUGCUGCAGAAAUGUGUGUUUUGCAGAACUUCAAUGUAUUUUUAGAUGGAUGACAGCAAACAUUAAACCUCCUUUAACAGUACAAUCCAAAUUUAUCCCUGCUGCAAAUACUUUAUAAUCUGCCCAAAUGUAAACCUUAACAUAAUGUUGUUAAAAUGUUCCAUACUUCCAUACUUUUUGUUACCACAUUUUAAGCAAUAUAUCAUUAAUAGAAUUUAAAUUAAUUGUUAUUCUUUGAAAAACAUGAAAUUAGAAUUUACAUAACUAUUUGAGAUUUACAUUGAAAAUUUAAAAGAUUAAGGUCAGAAUUUUGAGAGAUUAAAGUCGAACAUUUAGGAGCAUACAGUUGAAAUCUUAGCCCAUGGUUCAAUUUUUUACUUUGAAGGGAAAUAUCACAAAAGCAGCCAACCUCCAGAACUAAAACAAGGAACAUGGAGCAUCUUGUGAAGUUGUGGCAUAAAUUAUCUUCAGUUUUUUUUAACUGCCUUUAUAGCCUUAGUGCAGGGGUGGCCAAACUAUGGCCUGGGGGCCCAUUUUUGUCUGGCCCGCAGCAAA